AUGAUGCGUCUUCACCUUCUCGAGAGAGCUCUGGCUCUGGUGUCACUACUCCUCCUCCUCCUACCACCCCUCUGGACUGCCGUUGCCGUUCAAGCCACCCUCAUCGCGAACCAGAGUGACUCUUACCUCCUGAUCGCCAACGACAGGCUCACAGCUGCCGUCAACAAGUCCUCUGGCGCCAUAUCGUUCCUCACUCUCGACGGCCAGAACCUGUUGGGCACCGAGGCGACGAGCGUCGUGACGCCAGGCGGCUCGACAGGCGAUGGAGUCAGCGGUGUUGGGCCUUACCUCGACUGCUACUGCACGCCCGAGGGCUCCUACACCCCAGGCGCCGACAAUGCCACGUACACGCUGUACCAGGGCGUCGACUCGUCCAACCUCUCGUACGGCGGCAUCUCCAUGAGCCAGGUCUACGUCCCCACAGGCAUCGUGCUGCAGCAGUACUGGUUCCUGCGCGAGGGCGAGACGGGCCUGCACACCUUCAGCCGGCUGUAUUACUACAACGAGACGACGCCGUCCGCAGGUGUCUUCCAGGAAUUCCGCACCUUGUUCCGCCCAGACACGGACAACUCCAUCUGGACGCAUCUCAUCACCGACGCCGACCUCUAUGCGCCCCUGCCCACGCCCGACCCGGCUGCAGGCGACCUCACAGAUGCCUACACCGUGCAGGACGCCACCUGGUACAUUGGCAACCGCACUGCCGACCCGUAUGUCGAGGCCUUCUCGGACUACUUCACAAAGUACACCUUCUCGGCCGUCUACCGCGACCAGACGGUGCACGGCAUGUACGCAGACGGCUCUCUGACGCCCGACAAUGCCACCUUGGGCGCCUGGAUGGUCAUGAACACCAAAGACACGUACUUUGGCGGGCCCACCUGGUCCGACCUGGUCGUCGACGGGAUCGUGUACAACUACAUCAUCUCCAACCACCACGGCGACCAGGCCCCCAACAUGACCAGCGGGUUUGACCGUACGUUUGGCCCUUCGUACUACCACUUCAGCCGCAGCGAGCAGGGACACGCCUCGUGGGCCCAGAUGAGGAGCGAGGCCAAAGUGUUUGCGGAUCCUAGCUGGGACGCGGCGUUUUAUGAUGACAUCGCGCACCUUGUGCCGAACUAUGUGCCCUCCUCGGGUCGAGGCUCGUGGCGGGCCGUGGUGGAGGUUCCCGAGGGAGGAAAGAGGGCGAUUGCCGUGCUGUCGGCGAACGGGCUUGAUUUUCAGGACAAUAGCCAGGACACGGAGGCGUACCAGUACUGGGCGGACAUCGACGCCGGGACGGGCGAGGUGCAGAUCGACCGCGUCAAGGCGGGUACGUACAGGCUUACUGUGUUUGCGGAUGGUGUGUUUGGGGACUAUGUGCAGGACGACAUUGUGGUGGCCGCGCAGGAGACGACGGAUAGCGGCACCGUGACUUGGACGGCUGAGUCUGCUGGGACUGAACUGUGGCGGAUGGGAACCCCAGACAAAUCUGGAGGCGAGUGGCUUCACGGCGACCAUCCAGAUCCAGACCACCCCCUCCACCCACCCGAAUACCGCAUCUACUGGGCCGCCUACGACUACCUAGACGACUUCCCCGACGGCGUCAACUUCCACGUUGGCACCUCGGACAUUGCAAAGGACUUCAACUACAUCCACUGGUCCGUCUUUGGCGGGUACGCCAACGCCCUGCGGCCCGUGCAGGUCGAGGGCGACGGCAACAUCAACAACUGGACUGUGACCUUUGACGUCGACGCGGGCCAGCUGGCCGGCACGAGCGAGGCUACCUUUACGGUCCAACUCGCCGCGGCCAAGGCGGCGAGUGGGAAUACGGAUGUGUAUAAUGCAAGUCAGCCGUUUAUUGAUAUUCCGUAUAAUGUGGUUGUGAAUGGGCAGCCGCUGGAGACGUGGGUGAUACCCUACUACCAAUCGUCAUCCUGUGGCGUGCGCAGCGCCGUGACUUGCUACCACCUGGCCAACAAGUGGAAGUUCCCUACGAGCUACCUUGUCGGCGGCGACAAUGCCACCAACGAGAUUAUCCUGAGCCUGCCGUAUAAUGCGACGGAUUAUGAGAGUGCCGUGCUGCCCAAGAGUAUCUAUGUGCAGUACGAUGCGCUGAGGCUGGAGGUGAAAUAGGAUAGUUGAGUGUAAUCAGCACAACAUGGUAGCCGACUCUAUUUCUCGCAUGUAAAUAUGCCUUGGAGAGAAUACAACUAUAUAAGGACCCG